CUGUGUAAAAAAACAUUGUUGCUCGUUUAAUGUUCGCCAAAAGGUGAUGGCUGUGGACAUACACUGCUCGGCUCAGAGUCUGGCACUUUGGCCUCACAAAACUACCCAGGAACAUAUCCUAGUAACACCUGGUGCAAGUGGAAGCUCCGUGUCCAAGAAGGGCGCACAUUGCGACUUCUUUUUGGGGAUUUUGACAUCGAGAGCAGUCCCGGGUGCAUCAACGGCUCUCUCGUCAUCACGGAUAGAAAUGGACAUUCCAUCUUAGGUCCAGUGUGUGGGAAGCUAAAUGCAUCACAAAAGAAUAUGACCCUUACUAGCAAGGAAGUGACAGUUACCUUCAUGUCACGGUCACAUCGGUCUGGACGAGGGUUUCUACUAUCUUACGCCACAGAUCUUUAUCCAGAUGUCGUCUCUUGUUUACAACGAGGGUCUCAUUUCAGCGCGCCACAUUUUAGUGUUUACUGUCCUGCCGGGUGUAAGAAUGUGACAGGAGAAGUUUGGGGAGGUCCAGAUCGGGGUUACCGGGAUACAUCAGUGCUGUGUAAGUCCGCGGUACACGCCGGAGCGACGUCCGACAAUCUCGGAGGUCGUGUGAGCGUGAGCCGUGGGAAAAGCCUCACGCUCUACGAGUCCACCUUCUCCAAUGGGAUCCUCACUAAAACGGGGUCGUUGUCUGAAAAGAAGCUGGUGUUUACUCAAGAAUGUAACAAAAUCCUGGCGGUAUACGGUUUAAACGCCUCAUCUUUUGGAAACCAAGAGAGCCACGAGUAUAAAUUGUCUUGGUCCGGCAGAAACGUGCAUUCUGGACACGAAGGGCUGAUCUGGACCGCAAAGUGGGAUGAUCUAUCGCCCUGGGUGGAGCUUGGACUCACUGAUAAAAGCAUAAUCACAGGAGUUAUCACAUCCGGGUCCAGCGAGAACCACAUCAAAUCUUACAUCCUCCUUUUCAGUAAAGACAGAAAGAACUGGAAAGUGUACAAAGAUGCUGUCAGCAAAGAAGAAAAGGUGUUUGAGUCCUACGCAGACGGUCACCCAAGGGUGCUCAAUAGCCUUUUUCCCCCGGCCACGGCUCGUUUUGUCCGCAUGCGCCCUCAGAGCUGGCGAGGCCAAGCUUCGGCUCAGCUACAAAUCCUUGGCUGCCAUGUCAAGGUCACGCCUAGGUCUCACUCACCUCAAGAAUUUACGCCCAGCAAAGCUUACACUCUGACUCCCAACAACACGUCACCCACAGAAGGUCCAGUUUUAGUCGAAUCCGGGCAGAGAUCCAGUCCGGCAGCCAUCAUUGCGGUGGGCGUAGUCUUUGGGCUGGUCAUGUGCUUCGGUUGUUUGUUGGCUGGAGUCUGGUGGAGGAGAAGGAAAAAGGCUUCCCAAAUGAAGUACUCCGUGCCAAUAACAGGUUGCCAGACUUUCCAGGUGAAGACUCUCCCAUGUCCUCCAUCAGAGCUUAUCUCCUACCCUCUGCAGCGAAAUAUCCACGAUGACCUACCGACCCCCCCACUCAAUGACUACGCCCAACCCGCAAUCGGACAGAAGAUGGGCUCUACAUUUCGGCCUGCCUCAGAAGAAGGCUACACCAUCCCCUUCACGUUCACCCACUACGACUCUCCAGGAACCCUCCCAGAAUACGCAGAGCCGCUCCCGCCAGAACCCGAAUACGCAACCCCUUUCAGUGAGCAGGAGUGUUCACCCUCAACAGGGGGUACCACACACAGGCCCCCGACAUCGGCAUCUCCCGGCCCACCCAGGAGUUACGACUGCCCAUCCCACAGGAUGUUGGACAACGGCUACUGCACUCCCGCCGUACGUGCCAACACGCCACGACCUGUCAGCACUGUCUAUGCCGAACCCAAGUCAUGUUACUCUUUACUGCAAAAGUACGACGAACCUUUGUGA